AUGAGCUUGAGCUAUCUCGCCGCAUCGCGCGGCGGGUCAGAAGAGAAGGCAUCGAGCAGUCUUGGGCGAACACCCACCUCGUCCGAGUUGGCCGCAGAGGCCGAGGCCAAGCGCCGCAAGGUCCAGCGCGCAUGUGACGUAUGCCGAAGGAAAAAGAUCCGAUGCGAGGGACCCAUGAACUCACACUCAGCGAGCAAAUGCGCAAACUGCCAGGAAUACGGACUUGAGUGCACGUACGUUGAGGCGGCCAAGCGUCGCGGCCCACCUAAGGGCUACCUCGACACGCUGGAGCAGCGAUGCCGCCGACUUGAGCGACUGAUCACUCAACUGCAUCCCGGCCUCGAAGUCUCGGGGACCGUUGGGCCUAUGCCAGACCGCGACGAUUUCGAUCUCGCUGUUUACCAGGACCAGAUGCGAACCCUCGGCAUCCCGCCGUAUCCGACCAUGAAGCCGAUUGCGACGGGCGAUGCUCAUGCUCCCUGCGCAGCAGGCACGCCACCAACAGCCCAGGGUGCGCCGAGCCCCUCACCUCGCGUUCUCGGCCCCGCGCCGUGGCAGGCGUUUGAGCAGGACCCGAACCGCCUGCCCGAGGACGACGAGGAAAUCCGAGACCAGGCACGCAUCGCGCACGCCAUGGUCAAGCUCAACAUUCGCGACUAUGAUGCGUUCCGCUUCCACGGCAAAGCGAGCCCAGCGCACCUCGUGCGCAUCGUUAACGAGCUCAAGUACUCGGACCCAGAUCUCACCUUCUUCGACCGCCUCAGCAACGUCAAGCGCCCCGAGUAUUGGAUGGUGCCCGAGUGGGAGAAGCAGAUCGCCACCGUCAGCGUUAACCCCGUCGACUACAGCAUGUGGCCCGACGAGGAGCUCGCCGCGCGCCUUAUCGAUUCAUACUUUGAGCGCGUCAACAGGCCGAUGCCGCUGUUGAAUCGUGUCAUUUUCCAGCGUCAGUACCAGUCUGGCCUGUGGCGUACCAACAUCGAGUUUGCUAAGCUCUGUCUGAUGGUCUUCGCCAACGGUGCGCGCUACGUUGACGACGAGCGCGUGUACUGGCCCGCUGACGACGCGACGACCGAGGAAGGCCGCGAGCGACUGCGCAACGACCGCAAUGGCAUGCUCAAGUACUCGGCCGGUUGGAUCUACCUGCGUGCGCUCAUCAAGAUGGGUCGCUCGUGGCUGCAGGGCCCAAGCCUGCUCGACCUUCAGACCAACGUCCUUGUCUGCCUGUUCCUCAACGGCAGCGCUGUUCCGCACCUCGCUUGGAUUGUCGCGGGCUCGGGCUUACGCAUGGCGCAGGAGAUCGGGGUGCACGUCCGCUCAACCAUGUUGCUCAUCAACCCCAUCGAUCGCGCGCUCUACAACCGUGCCUUCUGGUGCCUGUACCACUUUGAUCGCCUGUCGUGUGCCGCCAUGGGACGCAGCGUCGCGAUCCAAGAUUCAGACUUUGAUGCAGACUACCCAAUGGCCAUCGAUGAUGAGUACUGGGACACAGGUGACCCGGAACGCGACUUCAAGCAGCCGCCGGGCCUUUCUCCUGACCCGGCGGUAUCGGCAUUCACGCAGCUGCUCAAGCUUGACCACGUCCUCAGUGCUGCGCUGCGCACGAUCUACGCCGUGACCAAGCUACCCGAGCACGGCGAGGACCAGCGGGCUAUCGUUGUUGAGCUCGACUCCGCUCUCAACUCGUGGGCAGAUGCUGUGCCGGACAACCUUCGUUGGGACCCGACUCGCGCCGACCCGCUCUUGUUCGAGCACUCUGCGAUCCUCUACGCACACUACUACUAUGUCCAGAUCCUUAUCCACCGCCCCUUCAUUCCGACGCCCAAGCAUCCAGAAUCUGUGGGAUUCCCCUCGCUCGCGAUCUGCAGCAACGCCGCGCGCUCCAUCUCCAAUAUCCUCGACGCCGUCCUCCGCCGCGGCCGCAGUAUGGGUAAGCUGCCUGGCAACUCCAUCGGCAUCUCCUUUGUCCUUCCAGCCUCCACUGCCGCCAUCGUCCUGCUCAUGAACGUCUACGCCGUGAGACAACGGCCCCACGAGCGUGAGCGAUGCAUGAGCGACGUGCGCCGGGUAAUCGCCGCUGUCCGCGAGAUGGAACUCACCUACCGCCAAGCCGGCAAGAUCACCGACCUGAUCACCGAGAUUGCGCGCGAGUCGACUGGCGACAAGGAGCUCACCAUUGACACGCCACCCCCCAAGCGCCCAUAUGACAACGACAACGACUGUUCCACAGCUGUUGAGACUCCAGGGGCUCCCGAGCUCAUGCCUCUCGCGUCCGCGGCGCUCUCACAUGCACAGGCGCACGCUUCGUUCCAGCCUGGCCAACCCCCAUUGGCAUGCAUGUCGCAGACCAGCGACUUGCAUGCCAAUGGCAGCGGCGGCACACCGAACAGCCACCUCAACAUGCCAGCCGGCAACGUAGGUUCGCGACCCGAGUCGAGUGCGACGUCGCCGCCAACUCCACCAUUCAUGUACGGCCACUGGGGAACUGGGAUGACGCCGACAGGCGAGUCAGUCACCGUUCCCGACCAGCUGUUUGACCCCAACGACCUGCAGAACCUCAACUAUGCGGCGAUGAACUUUGACAUGCUGGGCGACGCGCAUUCGGACAACUUCUGGCAGCACCUGCUCCGCCAAGGUGGCGGUGGGCUCAGCACAUUUGGCACACCAACAGGCGGGCCAAACAUGGGCAUUGGCAAUCCGCCGCCUCUGCAGCAGCAGCAACAGCAGCAGCAACAGCAGCCUAUGGGCGGGCCGAUGGGUACACAGCCGACUGGGUUUGGGUUUAUGCCAUGGCUUCCGCCAGACGAGCAGCGGCGCCAGCAGUAG